AUGUGGGUAAGAAUAUUCGUCGUAGUCUGUUUGUUUUGUGAAGCAUUGGCAACUGCAAAUCCAGAUAGCAACGGAUCGUGUGUUUUACCAGAAGUUGAAGAUGUAGACUGGAACAUGUUACCAGGUACGUGGUAUCAAAUUAUGAAUUCGCACGAUGCCUACGAUGAUCACGUCAACUGUUUUACUAUGCGAAAUUUAAAAUCAACACCAGAAGGUGGUUAUAUGGAAGAUGUGAUCUAUAGUGUCGAGUCCAAUGAAAGCUUCCCUUUGUCGUAUACACCGCACAUUAUGCCUGCGCAUUGGAUUGACAGAGGAAACUCGAGGUUUACGUUUGACUCACGUUAUAAAUUUUUGGGGAUUGAUGAAGCUGUAGGAGGUGGAGCAAAAGGAAAUGCAAUGAAGGAACUUGACGGAUUUUUCACCAAUCCUAUAACAUAUGUAACGGAUUAUGAAAAUUAUGUGAUCUUUAUGCAGUGUGAUAGUACAGAUUAUCGGAAUGUCUGGGUUUCCAUGCGAAACAACCGUCCAUCUGCUGCCGACAUUUUACGAAUCCAUAACAGACUAAUUGGAAUGGGAGAUGGCUGGGAUGAAGUCGAGAUAUAUUUGACAGGCUGCACCAAAUUACCAAAAGCUCAAAACUAUAUUUAGAGAUUAACAUAUAGGCCUACUAUUCCAUAUACCGUAACUUACAUUUUAUUAUGUAAUCGGGUUAUGAUAUCGAAUACAGGAAAGUAUAUUGGGAAACUCAUUGAUAAUAUCCUUUUUGUUUCCAGCUUCAAACAUCUAAUAAUAAUACUUCAAAUAUACAGGUUCCUUACGGACGAAAGUUGCCAUCAAGACGCAGAUUCCCAUCAAAUGUUAUUUGAACACUAUAAAAUCUUUGCGCGCGAUAUCUUCGAAUCGUAAUACACAUUUAUCAAUUUGAAUAGCCAAGACAAAAUGACGAAGGCUGGUGUUCUCAUGUAAAAUCUAAGUUAUCUUGGGUAAAAAUAAAUAUUUCCGACUUCCGAGAAUAGUAUUGAUCUCCGACUAAACUAGGAUACUAAAAGAAGGACAAGAAAACCGAUUUAUUUAAUUUGAAAUUAUAUAUCAAUAUAAAUAUGCGGUAAUAAUGAUAACAGUAAUAUAAAUUGAAAUAAAGAAAAAAAUAUUAACAAAUAAUAUGAGUUGCUCAAUUGUAGGAACGUCUGAAAUUAUCAUGGUUUAGAUAUGAAACUAUGCUGAAAGUAGAUCUCUUGACCGGGCUAAUCAUCUUAACGAUAUUGUUACGAUUUGUUCAUAAAUUUCUUCUAAUGAUAUCUUGUGCCUUCAUAUGCGCGAUUCGCCUCUGAGUAAGUGUUAGCAACUUCACUUUAUGUGAAAAUGUUCAAAAAAAAAAAACAUGAUAUUUUACUACUUCGAAGAUGGUGGGACAAGUUUUGUUGAAGAAAUUUAGGACGCUGCAAAGGUGUUUGAGAAACAAUACAGGGUAAUUUGAUGUGCUAUUUAUAUUUAAGGAAGAGCCAAGAGUUAGCGUGACCAUGAUGUACUUGAAAUAAUAGAGUAAAAUAUUAUUAUUUCGUUUGAUUCUCACGUUUUGUGCUAAUAACAAGACAAAACAUAACAGAAAAGAAUUUUAAAUCCCUAAUUUCUGAGAAGAAGAAAAAAACGAAACGCACUUAAUUUACUAUCGAAAACAAAUUGUAAUUCACACCAAUGACAUCCAGUGCCUACAUUUCAAGCUAAUAUAUAUUAUUUUUUUAUUUAUAAUUACCAUCCGUAAACAUUUGAAUAUUUGAUAUCGUCUUUUAUUGAUAUACCAUUUAAAAUACAACUUUCUACUACUUUCUACAUCUAAUUUUAUAAUUUAAAAUUCCCAAUAGAUUGGGAAAAAUUGGAGCAAAUGAUAACUUAUAUUUUAACAAAUAAAGAGAAAUGUUUCUGUGACAAAUCCGAUCAGUUCCGAAAAUAACAAUAUCUAAAAGUUUAUGAUCAAAUGGAUGAAACAAUUUUUCUUCUCAUUUUCACAUUCGCUUACCGUCCGUUAUGUGUUUCUCAUACCGUUUGUUUGUGAUCAUACGAUACUUUGCAUUUGACUUUACCCUGAUAUAUAUAGCUUAUAAUCAAACUAACUUUUGGUUCACGGGUUGUAAACAAAAAAAAACACAUUUGAGUAUUCAAACCUAUCAUUGUCAUUCACGUAUACUUUUAUGGAGUUUUAAUCAAGAUGAAAUGAUUCAAGGUGAAAUCAGGUGGUACAAAAAUGUUGUGUAUUGAACUGCAGGUACAUAUGUGGCCUGUCACAAGGAUGCUUCAAGGAGAUAGUAAUAAGUGAAAUAAAAUUAUCUCUUUUUA